AUGAGAUUUUUACAGAAUUUUGUUCAAGUCUUGGGUGAGCUACAAGUUCCGACUAGCCAUGAUGAAAACCCUGAUUUGAAGAAGCCCGCUACCAGAGUCGCAACUACACAAUUGCUGAUAGCGACAUGUUUGGGUCUGUUUGCGCUACUUACGUUUUCUAUUUUACUGAAGAAAAUGCCAAAAUUGUACGCCAGUAGAAUGGGCCGCACUCAGACUUCACUACCGUCGUGGGACGAAAAUUCGUAUUUCGCGUGGGCGCCCGUUUUAUACAAGAUCAGUGACAGUCAGGUAUUGGAAUGCGCAGGCUUAGAUGCGUUUGUCUUUCUUGGCUUUUUCAAAAUGAGCAUCAAAAUCUUGGCGAUCUGCUGUGCAUUUUCCAUCUGCCUUAUUUCUCCGAUCAGAUACCAUUUUACAGGCAGAUACGAUGAUGGGGGUGAUGAUUCUGACGGGUUUUUUUAUGAAAGAGCUGUCUCAAACACAAAACCAGGUGAAAACUUGGGCGACGGCCAGGGCCCUGAAACCGCAGAGCUUUAUCUGUGGAUGUACGUCAUAUUUACGACGUUCUUUACACUUUUGUCAUUAUAUCUGUUAAUAAAGCAGACCAAAAUUGUUGUGGAAACAAGGCAGAGGUAUUUAGGAAGACAAAAUACGUUAACAGAUCGAACUAUACGGUUGACUGGGAUUCCAGUUGAGCUAAGAGAUGCAAAGGCUUUGAAAAUAAGGAUAGAGGAGCUGAACAUUGGAAGUGUAGCAUCAAUCAGUAUCUGUCGCGAAUGGGGGCCUCUCAAUAACUUGUUCCAUUAUAGGAAAAAGGUAUUAGAAAAAUUGGAACUAAAAUAUGCUCAGUGUCCUGAAGCAUUGCGCGAUGAUGAACAUUUUGAUGAAAACUAUAGGCUGAGAAGUGAUUCUUCUAGAGAAGGCUCCAGUCAGCAAGAACAGCCGUCGAUCGAAGAUGCAGAUUUGGAUAUCCCAGACUCGAAUCGUUUGUUUUCUCAUAUUGAAUUACGAGGGCGUCAAAAGACUAGAACUGGUUUAUUCGGUCUUUUUGGCGAGCGUGUGGACGCUAUAGACUACUUGGAAAAACAACUAAAAUUCAUCGAUCAAGAAAUCAUAGAAGCUCGCAAGAAAACUUAUCCAGCCACCCCCACUGCGUUUGUUACCAUGGACUCAGUGGCCAAUGCACAAAUGGCUGGACAAGCAGUCCUCGAUCCUCGUGUGCAUUUUUUCAUAACUCGACUAGCUCCCGCGCCCCAUGAUGUUAAGUGGGACAAUGUUUGCUUAUCUCGAAAGGAACGACUUACAAAAGUGUGGUCAGUGACCGUAUUUAUUGGCUUUUGCAGUUUUUUUUUGGUUAUUCCAGUUUCCUACCUUGCCACUUUACUAAAUUUGAAGUCUAUUUCGAGAUUUUGGCCUCAACUCGGAGAUUUUUUGAAGGAAAAUCGCUGGGCUCAAACCCUUGUUACAGGCCUAUUACCAACCUAUUUAUUCACGUUGCUGAAUAUAGGCGUUCCUUACUUUUACGAAUUCUUGACUAGUCGACAAGGUCUAGUCUCAUACAGCGAGGAGGAGGUUUCUUUGGUCUCGAAGAACUUUUUCUACAUCUUUGUUAAUCUGUUUCUUGUUUUCACCUUGGCUGGUACUGCGUCGAAUUACUGGGGGUAUCUCAGUGACACAACAAAAAUCGCAUAUCAGUUGGCCACCUCGGUCAAGGAAUUUUCAUUAUUUUACGUUGAUUUGAUCAUUUUGCAAGGAAUAGGAAUGUUCCCUUUCAAGCUUUUACUAGCUGGAAGCCUUAUUGGAUUUCCCUUUAUCAAAAUAAAAUGCAAAACACCAAGACAAGAGAAUGAAAUGAUGAAACCACCUAUCUUCAAUUUUGGUCUCCAACUUCCACAACCUAUACUUAUUCUGAUAGUAACACUCAUUUACAGUGUUAUGAGCACCAAGAUCCUAGCGUCUGGACUAGCAUAUUUCGUGAUAGGAUUUUACGUCUACAAAUACCAAUUGGUGUUUGCAACCGACCAUUUACCACACUCCACCGGGAAAGUGUGGCCUCUGAUAUUCAGGAGGGUCAUUCUCGGUUUAUUACUGUUCCAACUGACAAUGGCAGGCACUUUGGCAGGGUUCCAAGGUGGUUGGAUAUUGUCGUGUUGUUUAGCACCCCUGCCAUUAAUCACUCUCAGCUUUCUGUGGGACUUCGAGAAAAACUAUUUACCACUUUCCAAUUUCAUUGCACUCAGCUCCAUCCGCGAACAUGAACGCGACAAUUCAAUGGUGUCAAACACUACAGGAGUUGGUGAUUAUCAAUAUCCAUACUUAGUUGCUCCUCUAGAAAGACCAUUGGUAAGGUAA